CGGUUCACAUGGCUUCAACUGUUUAAACACAGUGGAUAAUUCCAUCAUGGCUGCGCCGACAAAAAAACGUGAAUUGCAACCUAAAAGUGAUAAUCUUCAUGAAAAUGACGAAGAAAAUAGUUCUUCGAAUAACGAGAGUGACGUUGAAGAUGAAAAUGCAGCAUUGACGAACCAGGAUAUGGAAAUCCAAGUAGAUUUUGAGGGUCGGAAUCCCCAAGAUCCUGACUUCGAUGGCAUUAAAACGCUGCUACAACAAUUGUUUCUAAAAGCUCACCUUGAUCUGGGGGCACUUACCAACUUAAUUAUUUCACAAAAUUAUGUUGGAUCUGUUGUUAAGCAAUCAGCCAACGAUGCGGAAGAUUCUGACGAAGAAGACAAUGCUAUUGACGUCUUUGGAAUAACAACAGUUGUUAACAUAUCUGACAGACAGGUAACGCAUAACCAACCUUGUGUGAAACAGUUGAGGGAUUUACUGAAAGUGCUUUCAGAAGAGCAUGCGACCGACGCUACCAACACUAUGAUUAGAAAUGUUCUUGAAAAUGAUGCUGCUCCAUUGGGUCUCUUGAUUAAUGAAAGAUUUAUCAAUAUUCCGGCUCAAAUAUCCGUACCUCUGUUAGAGAACUUAUUAUCAGAAGUAAAACGAGCCAAGGAAAAGAAAAUGCCAUUUAACUUCUCUUAUUACAUCCUAAUAUGUAAACUCUACAAAACGGAAAAUUCGAAGACGAAAGUGGAAUCAAAAAAAACUAACAAGAAUAAGGAUAGUUCGCAGGCCGAGGUGUUGUGGAGUAACCUAGAAGAAGAGAUAUUCGCUGAAGAAGCAGACUGUGAGUUUGAAUUUUCUGUUGAAAAAGACUCUGAUAGUGGCUUAGCAGGAAGUUGGACGGAAGGUGACAGCGAAAUGACACCAUAUAGGAAAGUCUUACUUUUUGAAGCCUCCAAACUUCCGUCAAUUAUCGAGAAGAUAAAAUUACAUGUCUAGGCUAUUAGCAAUUCAGUUUAAAUAACACAUGCUUCAUACUUGAAAAAAUUUCUUAUCACUGUGAUAAAUACAGAAGAUUUGUGUUGGUUUGUUUCCCAGUGAUGGAAAUAUUCAUACGCAAAGAUAGAACUGUAUUUUUGGAGAAUAUUGAAAGCAAAUAUUUGUGACCGAAAAUACCUUGUUUUAUAAAAAUUUCUGAAUUUUGUUAUUAAAAAUAAAAAAGCUACCAUUUA